AGGGGGGGGAGAAGAAGAAGGGCAAGAGAUGAAUGGAAAAGACAUAAACAAACGAGAUGAACACAACCCGCGUCACCACCACUAUGCUGAGUGCUCCAAAGAUAAACAAGAGCAGUACAACGGUCAGCAGUAUCAACAAUUUGAUAACAGGGGUGACCAACUGAGAAGGAUGGAUGAUACUAGAAUAGUACAAGACAAAAAGAAAAAGGCGUACGGUGUCCAUUUCUCCAACUCUCACUAUGUAUUUGAUUCUACCUUUUUGCCUCCCGUUUCACUUUUGCCACCAUUACAAACCCCCUCUUUCUCUACUGCCAACAUGCCAACAGCACAUGAGUGUUUUCCGCAGUCAGAUUUAAACGAGAUAGGACCACGGCAAACCAAUGGAAGCAAAAAAUGCAGCGGUGUCGAAGAGGUCAGGGAAACCAAAGAGACCAAAGAGAUCAAAGAGAUCAAAGGGAUCAAAGAGAGCAAGAAUAUUGAUCUUUUGAAGAAAGAUCCAACAACUCGCUUCCAGAUUCUUGAAAAACUUGGAUCCGGCUCAAGUGGAUCCUCAAUCUUCAAGGCAUUGGACAGAUUAGAUGGAAUGAAACCGGUAGCUCUCAAGAAGAUUCCAUUAUUGACCUUGAGUGACAGCUUAGAAAGUAACGUUCCUGCUCAAGCAGAUGUUGAUGCUUUUAUUAACAGUAUUGCGUAUCAUAACGAGGAUUGGGGACAAGGUGGCGACGAAGUAGUAAGGGAAGAAUACAUAACUGAUGAUGGCGGUGAUAACAGCAAGAGUAAAAUAAGGCAAGAAGGAACAAGAUGUUUGGACAGACAGCCGUCAAACAACUGGCCAAUAUCAUCAAUGAUAGCUUCAAAAAUCGCAAGAAAAAAGGGUUAUAAUCAGGUCAUGAAGUGUCAGGACUGUUUUCUCAUUGGUAGUGAGUUAUGGCUACUAUUGGAAUUUUGUGCCGGAGGAUCAGUUGCUGACCUCAUUCGACUCUCAGAUGGGCCUUUAACAGAGUCCGAGAUCGGCUGGAUCAUGAGCCAGGUUCUUCAAGGGCUUACAUUCCUGCAUAGCAAGGACCAUGUUCAUGGUGACAUCAAAGCUGGUAACAUUCUACUUACAAUGGAUGGUCAGGUCAAACUUGGCGGCUCUGGCACAGUCUUGAAUCAUAAAGAAGGUGCAGGGGAGCGUAAGCGCCGUCGACGAUCAUUGGCCAUGACCGAGUUCCCAGUAAGCUGGCUAGCACCUGAGCUCAACAACUCUGCAGUCUGUUGUCCUUCAGUAAUCUCUGGGACAAGGGUCAAGAAUUGCCCAUUAGGACAUGACAACACAAACAAUAAUACUGAAAACCCAAACAGCUCAUCGUGGACACCAAGAGCAAGCACAGAGACAGAUAUCUGGGCUUUAGGGAUUGCUUGCAUUGAGCUCUCACAAGGCCGUCCACCUAGGCCAGAAAUGUUACUCCUGGCAAUGCUCGAUGAACAAAAACCUGUGAGUCAUCAACAAAUAGCGUUAUCGUCACCCGCAUUUGAUAUCGUUGAUAGGCUUGGUGGGAUUAAAUUUGGUGGGAUAGGAUUGGAGUCAGGAUCAAGGACUCCAGGAUGGGAGAGCCUACAGUCCACUGCAUCCUCUGCAAAUGAAUCACUUGGCGCAGUAGGGUUGGGGAUGUCGGAGGAGAUGCGGUCGUUUAUUGCAAAGUGCUUGACUCCAGACCCCAGGACCCGGCCUAACGUGUAUGAUCUGCUUCAGGAUCCAUUCAUUAUCCAAAACCAGGGAGGAAGUGCAGAACUGGUGGAGAGGAUCCAACAGAUGAUGGAAUUCGUGAACCAGUGCGCGUCUAUCUCUUCAGAAAUGCCGCUGCAUCUCCAUAACCAGCAUCAAUCUCUACCUCUUCAUGCUUCAUCAUCGUUACUACCAACAGUAGGCUCUUCCGCAUCAGCCGCGGCAAACUCAACUUCGGCUCUGACAUUGUCACUCAGUAAGGCAUCAUUGAUGAUCGAUAUGGACCUGGAUGAGGCUAGUAUCGGACCAUGGCUCAUUCCCAUGGUCCGACCACGUGUUGAUUCUGUCUAUGACGCAUCCAGUUUCUUUGACCAGUCUGGGUUGCCCAUAGCCCCACCCGAGCCAAGCACGGCGAAUCAUAUAUCACAUUGGAAACAUCAACGGGUCAGUCAUCCUGUUGUAAAACAAGCCCUGAUGUGUGAUCAAGCUGGGUACAUGAUCUUUCGUCAUUCGCGUUCACCAUCCUUGGCGACUAUUGUAGAGAGUCACUUGGAGGAUGAUAGCUGUAGCUGCAACAGCACCAGCAUUAAGGACUUUGAGUGUAAUACCACUAACAGCAGUGGUAAUAGUAGCUAUAAUAGUAAUAAUGGCACAGGUCUUCAUCGCAUAGGCUCGGAUGAUCUGAAGAUCGAUUACGGUGACAAUGGGAG